GGCGCUGAGCUUAAACUGAAGCGAGUUCCGCGGACGCUGGCGGCGCCCAGGUCUGAAGACACGUUGUCCGGUCGGCGCGUGCUUGCACGUCCCGAGGCGCGAGCCCGAGGGUCUCUACCAGAAAUGGGACGCCGAUCAUCAGACACUGAAGAAGAAAGCAGAAGCAAGAGAAAAAAGAAACAUCGAAGACGGUCAUCUUCUAGCAGUUCUUCAGAUAGUAGGACAUACACCCGAAAGAAAAAUGGAAGGAAGUCAAGAUCAAAGUCAAGGUCAUGGUCCAGAGAUCGUCAGCCUAGGUCACAUUCCUAUGACAGAAGACGCAGGCACAGGUCAAGCAGCAGCUCUUCUUACGGCUCUAGAAGGAAACGAACUCGAAGUCGUUCAAGGGGCCGAGGGAAAUCCUAUAGAGCUCAAAGGUCUAGGUCAAAAAGCAGAACAAGAAGGUCCAGAUCACGACCUCGCCCACGUUCUCGUAGUAGAAGCAGUGAAAGGUCCUGUCAUAGAAGAACCCGUAGUAGGUCUCGGGACAGAGAAAGACGUAAAGUUCGAGAAAAAGAGAAGAGAGAAAAGGAGAGGGAUAAAGGAAAGGAUAAGGAAUCACACAACAUCAGACGUGGGGACUCUGGAAACAUCAAAGCUGGAUUAGAACAUCUGCCUCCAGCUGAGCAGGCCAAAGCCAGACUACAGUUGGUCCUUGAAGCUGCUGCUAAAGCUGAUGAGGCAUUGAAAGCCAAGGAAAGGAGUGAAGAAGAAGCGAAAAGAAGAAAAGAGGAAGACCAAGCCACCCUGGUAGAACAAGUCAAAAGAGUAAAAGAAAUUGAAGCAAUUGAAAGUGGUUCUUUUAUUCAGCAGACAUUCAGAUCAAGUAAAGAAGUCAAGAAGUCAGUGGAACCAAGUGAGGUGAAGCUUACAACUGCAUCAUCAGGACCAUCAUCAGUAGUUGCUGACUCACCCAGUGUUGAAAAAGAAAUCGACCCCAGCAGCAUCCCUACUUCUAUCAAGUACCAAGAUGACAAUUCUCUGGCCCAUCCAAAUUUAUUUGUUGACAAAGCUGAAGCUGAAGAAAAGUGGUUCAAGAGAUUAAUUGCUCUCCGGCAAGAAAGACUAAUGGGCAGUCCUGUGGCCUAAGUAAUAUACUUACAGUUGAAUUGGCAGUAACAUUGGAAAUACAGGUUUUAAAUCCCAAUAUUAACUUACUCUUAAAAAGAAAUUAGCUGAUUAUAUAAAAAGGUAAUCUCAUUCUUCAUGCAGGAUUAUUUGUUGAUUUUUAACUGAAUGAAACAUUGUGAAUGGUGAAACUAAUGUAGAAUUUACAAAUGCAUGAAAGUGUUAUACUGUUAAUAAACUGGUCAUAAAAAAUAUCAGUGUUAAAGUAAA